AUUCAAUUUUGAAAAGCCGAAGCUUUUUUAAAUCGGCUGUGGAAUUAGUAUUAGAGAUUUUUCUUCACUGAGAAAAAGAGAAAUUUUAGAAGCUUCAAAUUUUCACUUUGACAACUAAUUCGAACCCAGCUGACCUAAUUUUGAUAUACCUUACACUGUAUCAUAUACGAAUUAACAACGUGUAGUAUAUCGAUUAGCUUUCUGCCCUCUCUUAUUUUAAAAGUUUUCUGUUAAAUGGAAUUAUGGAUGGUUAGCCGGGUUAUGCUGAUAACUUCACGAGAUUGAGAGUUGUCAAGGGUCAUCCGGGAUUAGGUUCUAAAAGAAAAAUCAAGCAGAAAAUCACAAAAAAAGCCUCAGACAAAAUGUUCGAGUUCUUUGGGAAAAUCUUGCAGAACUUUCAGCUUUUGCCCAAAGUCCAUGCCCAGGAUGAGGAAGAUCUUGUUGAUCCUCACACUGUACUGAGGGAGAAGUGCGGGCAGCUUCCCAAGGUGGAAUCCCUGUAUGCUAAAUACCAGGAAUGCAAUGAUAGGGUAAAUAGUCGCACAAAGACCACCGAGAAUUGCCAGGAAGAACUCUUUGAUUACCUCCAUGAGCUCGAUCACUGCGUCAGCCAGACACUGUUCUCCAAACUUAAGUGAGAGGGCAGUCUGCAGGUAAUUAUAGAUAAAUGGUAGCCGAGAACUGGCUGAAUGUUAAUAAAAUUUAAGAGAAUA